CUUGUACAGUAAGUCUUCUAUGCAAGUCUUGGAGGGAAGGAAGACGAAGUUUCUCCUCUCUUUCUCACACUAUGUCUUGCUGAUUUACUUCUCUUAAAAAUCUUCGUCUCUUCUCUGAGUUCCCUCUAUCGUCUCCCAUGGCUUCUUCUUCUUCUUCUCCUAGUAGCCGGAGAUACGACGUUUUCCCAAGCUUCAGUGGGGUAGAUGUUCGCAAAACGUUCCUCAGCCAUCUAAUCGAGGCGCUCGACCGCAGAUCAAUCAAUACAUUCAUGGAUCACGGCAUCGUGAGAAGCUGCAUAAUCGCCGAUGCGCUUAUAACGGCCAUUAGAGAAGCGAGGAUCUCAAUAGUCAUCUUCUCUGAGAACUAUGCUUCUUCAACGUGGUGCUUGAAUGAAUUGGUGGAGAUCCACAAGUGUUACAAGAAAGGGGAACAAAUGGUGAUUCCGGUUUUCUACGGCGUUGAUCCUUCUCAUGUUAGAAAACAGAUCGGUGGCUUUGGCGAUGUCUUUAAAAAGACAUGCGAGGACAAACCAGAGGAUCAGAAACAAAGAUGGGUUAAAGCUCUCACAGAUAUAUCAAAUUUAGCCGGGGAGGAUCUUCGGAACGGGCCUACUGAAGCGUUUAUGGUUAAAAAGAUAGCCAAUGAUGUUUCGAAUAAACUUUUUCCUCUGCCAAAGGGUUUUGGUGACUUCGUCGGAAUUGAAGAUCAUAUAAAGGCAAUAAAAUCAAUACUUUGCUUGGAAUCCAAGGAAGCUAGAAUAAUGGUCGGGAUUUGGGGACAGUCAGGGAUUGGUAAGAGUACCAUAGGAAGAGCUCUUUUCAGUCAACUCUCUAGCCAGUUCCACCAUCGCGCUUUCAUAACUUAUAAAAGCACCAGUGGUAGUGACGUCUCUGGCAUGAAGUUGAGUUGGGAAAAAGAACUUCUCUCGGAAAUCUUAGGUCAAAAGGACAUAAAGAUAGAUCAUUUUGGUGUGGUGGAGCAAAGGUUAAAGCACAAGAAAGUUCUUAUCCUUCUUGAUGAUGUGGAUAAUCUAGAGUUUCUUAAGACCUUGGUGGGAAAAGCUGAAUGGUUUGGUUCUGGAAGCAGAAUAAUUGUGAUCACUCAAGAUAAGCAACUUCUCAAGGCUCAUGAGAUUGACCUUGUAUAUGAGGUGGAGCUGCCAUCUCAAGGUCUUGCUCUUAAGAUGAUAUCCCAAUAUGCUUUUGGGAAAGACUCUCCACCUGAUGAUUUUAAGGAACUAGCAUUUGAAGUUGCCGAGCUUGUCGGUAGUCUUCCUUUGGGUCUCAGUGUCUUGGGUUCAUCUUUAAAAGGAAGGGACAAAGAUGAGUGGGUGAAGAUGAUGCCUAGGCUUCGAAAUGAUUCAGAUGAUAAAAUUGAGGAAACACUAAGAGUCGGCUACGAUAGGUUAAAUAAAAAAAAUAGAGAGUUAUUUAAGUGCAUUGCAUGUUUUUUCAAUGGUUUUAAAGUCAGUAACGUCAAAGAAUUACUUGAAGAUGAUGUUGGGCUUACAAUGUUGGCUGAUAAGUCCCUCAUACGUAUUACACCGGAUGGAGAUAUAGAGAUGCACAAUUUGCUAGAGAAAUUGGGUAGAGAAAUUGAUCGUGCAAAGUCCAAGGGUAAUCCUGCAAAACGUCAAUUUCUGACGAAUUUUGAGGAUAUUCAAGAAGUAGUGACCGAGAAAACUGGGACAGAAACUGUUCUUGGAAUACGUGUGCCACCCACGGUAUUAUUUUCGACAAGGCCGUUAUUAGUAAUAAACGAAGAAUCGUUCAAAGGCAUGCGUAAUCUCCAAUAUCUAGAAAUUGGUCAUUGGUCAGAAAUUGGUCUUUGGUCAGAAAUUGGUCUUUGGUCAAAAAUAGAUCUACCUCAGGGCCUCGUUUAUUUGCCCCUUAAACUCAAAUUGCUAAAAUGGAAUUAUUGUCCAUUGAAGUCUUUGCCAUCUACUUUUAAGGCGGAAUAUCUAGUUAACCUCAUAAUGAAGUAUAGUAAGCUUGAGAAACUGUGGGAAGGAACUCUGCCCCUUGGAAGUCUCAAGAAGAUGGAUUUGGGGUGUUCCAACAAUUUGAAAGAAAUUCCAGAUCUUUCUUUAGCCAUAAACCUCGAGGAAUUAAAUCUUUCUAAAUGCGAAUCUUUGGUGACACUUCCUUCCUCGAUUCAGAAUGCCAUUAAACUGAGGACGUUAUAUUGUUCGGGGGUGCUAUUAAUAGAUUUAAAAUCAUUAGAAGGCAUGUGUAAUCUCGAAUAUCUAUCAGUUGAUUGGUCAAGUAUGGAAGGCACUCAAGGCCUCAUUUACUUGCCACGUAAACUCAAAAGGCUAUGGUGGGAUUAUUGUCCAGUGAAGCGUUUGCCUUCUAAUUUUAAGGCUGAGUAUCUAGUUGAACUCAGAAUGGAGAAUAGUGACCUUGAGAAGCUGUGGGAUGGAACUCAGCCACUUGGAAGCCUCAAGGAGAUGUAUCUGCAUGGUUCCAAAUAUUUGAAAGAAAUUCCAGAUCUUUCUUUAGCCAUAAACCUGGAGAGACUAUAUCUUUUUGGAUGCGAAUCUUUGGUGACACUUCCUUCCUCGAUUCAGAAUGCCACUAAAUUGAUCAAUUUAGAUAUGAGAGAUUGCAAAAAGCUAGAGAGUUUUCCAACCGAUCUCAACUUGGAAUCUCUCGAGUACCUCAAUCUCACUGGAUGCCCGAAUUUGAGAAAUUUCCCAGCAAUCAAAAUGGGAUGUUCAUACUUUGAAAUUCUGCAAGAUAGAAAUGAGAUCGAGGUAGAAGAUUGUUUCUGGAACAAGAAUCUCCCUGCUGGACUAGAUUAUCUCGACUGCCUUAUGAGGUGUAUGCCUUGUGAAUUUCGCCCAGAAUAUCUCACUUUUCUCGAUGUGAGCGGCUGCAAGCAUGAGAAGCUAUGGGAAGGCAUCCAGUCGCUUGGAAGUCUCAAGAGGAUGGAUCUGUCAGAAUCUGAAAACCUGACAGAAAUUCCAGAUCUUUCGAAGGCCACCAAUCUGAAGCGUUUAUAUCUCAACGGGUGCAAAAGUUUGGUGACACUUCCUUCUACAAUUGGGAAUCUUCAUAGAUUGGUGAGGUUGGAAAUGAAAGAAUGCACAGGGCUGGAGCUUCUUCCAACCGAUGUCAACUUGUCAUCUCUUAUCAUCCUCGAUCUCAGUGGUUGCUCAAGUCUGAGAACUUUUCCUCUGAUUUCAACUAGAAUCGAAUGUCUCUAUCUAGAAAACACCGCCAUUGAAGAAGUUCCCUGCUGCAUUGAGGAUUUAACGAGGCUCAGUGUACUACUGAUGUAUUGUUGCCAGAGGUUGAAAAACAUCUCCCCAAACAUUUUCAGACUGACAAGUCUAAUGGUCGCCGACUUUACAGACUGUAGAGGUGUCAUCAAGGCGUUGAGUGAUGCAACUGUGGUAGCGACAAUGGAAGAUCAUGUUUCUUGUGUACCAUUAUCUGAAAACAUUGAAUAUACAUGUGAACGUUUCUGGGAUGAGUUGUAUGAAAGAAAUUCCAGAUCUAUCUUUAGCUAUAAAGAUGAGGAUGGCGACGUAUAUUGGGUAAAUUGGGACUUAAUGAUGAUGCUGAUGUUGAUAUAGAGAAUAUAUGUCAUAAUGUCUUAAAGGACAUGUUUGUAAUUAAUCAAUCCCUAAUCAUAUGUCUGUAUCUUAGUAUAAAUAUGUACAUUACAUUCUUAAUAAAGUCAAUACAUUCUCC